UCUCGCCAGCAAAAUGCGCAAACUGCGGUGGUAACCACACCGCCGACUCUAAGUCAUGCCCCACAUACAUAGCCAUCAUCAAUAGGAAUAGGUCCGAUAAAGACCUCAACAAGACUACGCCGCCUCCCCCCCCUGCGGAACCCUCUACGGCUAUGGACAUCACGCCAGAAGACGCUGCCACCCCCAGUAACCCCAAUGCAAAUACAGUCUCCACACCCGCCACACCCGCCCCUCGCACACCCCAGUCAUAG